CCAUCAGCAAGCAGCUGGACACCUUGAAGACCGAGGUUCAGCAACUGCACCAGCGGCCCAACAAGGAUGGCAACACCAGUGCGCAGCACUACAAGAUGCUGACAUUCCAAAUCGAAAAGUUUGAUGAUUAUACGCAUCACGACCCGGUCACCUGGUGGGAGGGCUUUACGACGCAACUUCGGAUUCUUUUUGUCCCCGAGCACUCGUACAUCGACGCGCUGUCCCUCAACUCAAAGGGCGGAUGGCAGAUCUGGCUCAGCCACCUGGCAACCACUCACGGCGUCCAGGUCGUGGAUCUGCAUGAGAAGAUCUCUUGGGAAGAGUUAACGAGGCUAUGGGAGAAGCGGUUCAUCGUGGACUUCGCUAUGACGCAAGGCAACACAUCGACACGCGACUGGCUCACGGAAUGGCAACAGAUCGCGGCAACGCCCAAUCUCGAAUUGUCAUUUUCGCAUUUGCGCCGAGAGUUCUACAACCAGUCAUGUGCCGCCUUGAGCCUCGCACUUGGUGAUCGCGAGCAAUACACGACCUUCGCCGAAAUCAUCGACAAGGCAAGGGAGAUCAUCAAGACCAAUAGGGCGGCUGCACAUGAGAAGUCAGCGUGGCAGCCAACCUAUGUGGAGAAAGGAAAAUUUGGUCCGCGUCCGCAGCAUGUCGCUGCAGUCCAACCGAACAACAUUGUGGAAGACACGGCAGCCACCCGAGCAUCACGUGAGGGAGAUCAGGUGGCCGCUGUCCAGCCACGAAGCAACAACAACUCCCGAGGAAAAGGGAAGGCGAAAACCGCAUCGCCGGCCGGAAACGGACAGCCAGCACCAUGGGUCAAGUUUCACUUGACCGAGGCCGAAUACAAGUGGUGCGGGCGUUGUGCGGGAGGUGAGGCGACUCCACCUCUCACUCCGCCAGAUUCGGCCGCCUUGCUAGCGGCCUCCUACACAUCUGGGGAGGAUGCGAAUGUCGCAAGUCCUCGGUUCACUUACGAGGAUUAUGCUGUCCACUUGGUCCCACCGUUGGACCAACCACUCCACGUGCAACAAUCCACCGAAUGCACAGUUUCACCACCAUCGGCAACCGAUUCGGCAGCUUCGCUGCCAUCUAUCGUCGGGGAUUCGACGUCAUGGUCAAUACUUGACGAGCUCGACCCAUUGACGUUUGCGGACUUCCAAUGGAUGCCCCUUCCCCCGUCCGGUCGAUUGCCGAAACCGCAUUGCAACGUGCUCAUGGCACAAAUGCGGGAUUACUUGCACACUGCAGUACCAACUCCGUUGAUGGACACCGGAGUAGAGGCUGUCAACCUUCACGACUACGUUGCGCAGAUCGACCGCGAGUUGAAGACACAACGGUACGACGACAUCGAUGCGCCAUUGUUGUACAUACGCAUUCAGAUCGGAGAGGCGACCUGCAGCGCUUUGAUCGACUGCGGAGCUACUCGCAACUACAUGAGCCAAGACUUUAUGGUACGCGCUGGCCUUGGGCCAUACGUUCGGAGGAAGUUGCAGCCCACGCAAGUCACGUUGGCUGACGGUCACACGCACAAGUCAAUCGACGGAUGCAUUGAUGAUGUCCCCGUGUACUUUGCCCCGCAUGCAAGCGAGGCCGUGUCCUUCGACAUUUUGGACACCAAGUUCGACAUGAUCUCGGGCAUGUCAUGGUUGCGAAGCGAGGCUCACCCGAUGAACUUCUACUGCUGCACCGUUCACGUUCGUGACUGGAAUGGAGUACUAGUCCCAUGCACGGUGCCUCCUCCUCACCCUUCGAUCAGCUGCCACGUGGUGUCCGCCGCAAGCAUUCAAGUUUCCAUCAUCAGGGAUGACAUCGAGGAGAUGGGGGUAUGUUUUCUCCACGCCCUCCCGCCCCAUGACAUUCCAUCGACGGACUCAUCAUCGGACCCACGCAUCACCGAGUUUCUCGACGCCUACGACGACAUGUUCGAAUCCCCACACGAAGUAGUACCGGAUCAGCCCAUCCGCCACGAGAUCAUCCUCGAGGUCGGGGCCGUACCUCCGCGUGGUUGCAUCUACCGCAUGAGUGAGGAAGAGUUAAGUGUGCUGCGGGCAGAACUCGACGACCUUCUCGAGAAAGGCUGGAUUCGGCCUAGCUCUUCGCCAUACGGAGCUCCCGUUCUCUUCGUCCGGAAGAAGAACAAGGAUUUGCGGUUGUGCAUCGAUUAUCGCAAGCUGAACGCGCAAACCCCGGAGUUUGGACGAGCAUCUGGAGCACCUGCGCACCUUUUGGAGCGGCUACGACAAGCCAAGUACAAAGCCAACCGCGACAAAUGCGAAUUUGCGCGGCAAGAGUUGGAGUACUUGGGACAUUAUGUGACGUCGCAAGGCAUCCGUCCGCUUGCGGACAAGAUCGAGGCCAUCCGCGUAUGGCCCGAGCCCACCAACACCACGGACGUUCGCUCAUUCAUGGGGUUGGUCAGCUACUAUCAACGCUUCAUCACUGGGUACUCAAGGACUGCCACACCUAUGACGAGAUUACAAUCGCCAAAGGUGCCAUUCGUAUUCGAUGACGACGCACGCCGGUCAUUCCAAGCACUCAAGACGACCAUGCUUAUGGCACCCGCCCUUAGCAUCUACGACCCCACCCUGCCAACGAGAGUGACAACUGACUCUUCCGGUUGUGGCAUUGGGGCAGUCUUGGAACAACACGACGGCGACGACUGGCACCCCGUGGAGUAUUUCAGCCACAAAGUGCCUCCCAUCAAUUCACUUGAUGAUGCAAGGAAAAAGGAGCUGCUCGCGUUCGUGAUGGCUCUCAAUUCACUUGGGCAUCGUAGGUUCACAUGGGUCACGGACAACAACCCGUUGACCUACUACAAGACGCAGGAUACGGUGAGCAGCACGAUCGGACGAUGGAUGUACUUCAUCGACCAAUUUGACUUCACACCGAAACAUCUCGCCGGCCUCUCCAAUCGCGCCGCAGAUGCACUCUCGCGAAGGCCCGAUCUUUGCGCUAUGACACACCAUGCCUUCGCAUUCGACGAGGAACUCCAACGACACUUCAUCCGGGGCUAUGAGUCUGAUCCGGAUUUCGCCACGUUGUAUGCACAACUAUCUCCGGAUCACCCGCCUGCGAGCCACUAUCGCAUCGUCGACGGGUACUUGCUCCUCCACUCGAGAGGCAAAGACUUAUUGUGUGUUCCACGAGACCGUCGUCUUAGGACUCGCCUUCUCGGGGAGUACCAUGACUCGCGACUCACCGGCCAUUUCGGAGUCAAUCGCACUAUUGCACGACUUCGACAACGAUUCCGAUGGCCCGACCUCAUUACCGAUGUCACUCGGUAUUGCGACUCUUGCGAAGUUUGCUGACGAAGCAAGCCCCACAACCGCAAUCCCUACGGCGAGUUGCGUCCGAUGCCUAUGCCACGGGAACCCGGCCUC